CUGACUUGUGGCGUCAAGUAUUCGUGGUCUGGACAUCUCGACGACAGUCAUGCCGUACCAAGUGCUGCCGGGCCUCGCCAUCAUCACGGGCAUGUUCACGAUCUCGGGCCUCGCGAUCGGCGGCGUCAACCGCUGGUACGCCCGCGGGACGCAGAAGAAGCUCAUCCUGCGCGACGACUGGGACCGCGCCCUCGACGCCCGUGACAUGCGGUUAAAGGAUCGGAUCCAGUGGGAAGAGAAGCUCAAGGCAGAAGGCAAGUGGCACUAAGCCACACGAUCGCCGCCGCCGCCAUCCACGCAUGCAAUGCCAGUGAUGCGCUUGAUAUAACACCCUCCAACAAUACAGUCUUCCCCGGUACCCGCGCCCAUGACGCCACGUUGGGCUAACGCCAUUGCCGCCGCAAGUGGACGACCGCAGUAGGGCGCAGGUGAUAUGUACGAAUGGCCAUGGCAUGCAGCCAGCGUGCCAUGGGCUGUGGCCGACGUGGUGUGGGCAGUGG